AUGGUUAGUCAGGAGUGUAGUAACUUAGCAGUUACGUGGUGGGACAGCUACAAGGACUUGGCUGCCGAGUAUGCAGGUGGAAGAGAUGCUGUAGCGUUCCGGGGUUCUGGCUCUUCGCGGACAAGGCGGGGCGCCUCCGACUGGCGGAGCCGCGGAGAGAGGCCUGAAGGACAAUCAGUCAGCCCAAUCAAAAUGGUGCGCUGCCCAGAUUCUGGCGCCGUUCCCGCCCUUUCCGUUUCCGGUGUCGCGCCGCUCGGGGCUGGCUGGCAGGCAAGGUGGCGGCUGGAAGUAACGGAAACCCAGAGGGCUAUGGCCGCCGCGGCUUCUCUGAAGGUGGCCUUGCGGGUUGCAGAAGUGCUAGAAAGCAUCGUGAGCAACUGCGUGGGUCCCGAAGGGCGGCAGGUUCUGUGCACGAAAUCUACUGGCGAGGUUCUGCUCAGCCGGGAUGGAGGCCGCCUCCUGGAGGCGCUGCACUUAGAGCAUCCCAUAGCCAGGAUGGUGGUGGCAUGUGCUUCCAAUCAUCUCAAAAAAACAGGAGAUGGUGCUAAAACGUUUAUUAUCUAUCUUUGCCAUUUGCUCCGAGGACUUGAUGCAGCCAUACACAAAGAAGAAGAUUCUUUGAUUUCUGAGUGUAUCCAAACCCAUGGAAGGCAUUGGAAAAAUUGUUGUCAGUGGAAAUAUAUUUCUCAAGCUCUUCUCAAGUUUCAAACACAAGUACUAGACUACAUUUUGGACCAGUGCUUAAGUAGACACUUUUUGUCUGUCUUUAAUUCAUCCACUAAAGAGAAAACAUUAUGUAGAGGCUCUAUAGAGUUGCUCUUAGAAGCAUACUUUUGUGGAAGAGUGGGAAAAAAUAAUCACACAUUUAUUUCAAAGUUGAUGUGUGACUACUUUUUCAAGUGUGUGGUUUAUAAAAGUGGGGUAGAAGAAGUAUUUGAGUUAGUGGAUGACUGUUUCAUUGAGCUGAAUGUUGGUGUUGCUGGUCUUCCUGUUGCAGAUUCUAGGAUCUUAGAUGGACUUGUGCUUCACAGAGAUUUUUCUGUGUACUGCCCAGUAGAUGGUGACAUCAGAAUAGUGAUAGUAACAGAAACUAUUCAGCCCCAUUUUUCAGCUGCUGUAUCAGAAUGUGUUCUAAAUUCAGAAGCACAACUUCAGGCUUCUCAAUCUUGGAUUUUGGAAAAGACAAAAGCAAUAAUGAACUAUUUACAGAGUCAGAACAUAAAAUUGCUCCUAUCUAGUGUGAAACAACCGGACUUAGUUAUUUAUUAUGCAAAACUGAAUGGCAUAUCAGUGGUGGAGUGUUUGUCAUCAGAAGAAAUUUCUCUCAUUCAAAGAAUCACUGGUCUUUCUCCUUGUCUAGUACCACAGACAUGUUCACAACAUGAAAUCACAAGUGCUUUGGUGAAAUUUUGCAAGCCCCUUGUCAUUAAAUCUAAAAGAUAUGUUCAUCUUGGCUUGAUUAGCACAUGUUUGUUUAUGCCACACUGUAUAAUUCUUUGUGGACCAGUUCAGGGUCUUGUUGAACAACACAAGUAUGCCCUGCAUGGAGCUUUUAAAAUGCUUUGGCUGUUAUGUAAAGACCUUGAUCUGAGUUACUUGUUACAAGCCAGUGUUCAAAAUGAUACAUCAAGUCCUUAUAUUUAUAAGAGUAGUAGAGAAAGUGAUGUAUUUCAAGAAGUUGAUAAUGAUUCAAUGCAAAGACUGAAUGAAGGCACACUUGCAAAGAACAAAGUUGAACAGGCUGCUAAAACACAUUCGAAAGUCCAUUCAAAUUUGAAGAUUCCAGAUGUAAAAUUAGGGGCAUAUCUUCCAUGUUCAGUGCAAAAAUUGGCACCAAAAAAUAAUUACCAAACAAACAGCACACUGAAAUGCACAUCUCAGAACCAAACUAGGAUGUUUGAUGAUUAUGGACAAUUAAUUGAGAGUAAAUUCACUGCUAAUUUAACAACAGAAAACAGAAUAGAAGUGUCUCCUGAAAAUAUGCAAAGCACAAAAAGCACUGGCAGCAGACAAACCUUACCAAUGAGUCAUAAAUCAAUGAAGAGUUACUGUGCUGCUUCAGUAUCAGCAGGUUGUGUUUUGCCAGUGGGUGGUAAUUUUGAGAUCUUACUACAUUACUAUCUUCUUAACUAUGCCAAAAAAUGCCAGAAAUCAGAGGAAACCUUACUAAGUAUGAUAAUAGCUAAUGCACUUUUAAGCAUUCCCAAGAUUCUUUAUAAGUCUACAAAAGGAAAUUAUAGCUUUCCACAAAUAUAUGUAAGAGCUCUCCAUGCAUUGCAAACCAAUCAGCCAGUGGUAUGCACUCACAAUGGCUUGGAAUCUGUCUCAGGUAAAUACCAGCUGCUAACCUCAGUUCUUCAGUGUUUAGCAAAAAUUUUGACCAUUGAUUUAAUAAUCAAUAUUAAGAGACAACCUCAGGAAGUUUAUGAUCACGAUUCAGAAGAUGAACUAUAA